UGAUUCCACAAGAAAAUUGUUUGUCAUUUUCCCGAUUAUCAUCUUGAGAAUAUGGAUAAAAAUUUACGACAGCAGGUUCUAACUUUGAUUGAGGAGAAGGAAGCUUUGGAGAAUGAGAUUCGUGAACUGAAUCAGAUUUUGGUGAAGAAUAAUGUUGGAAUGGAUGAUCCCUUAGUUGAUGCUGAGGGUUUUCCUCUAAGUCAUGUGGAUAUUAAUCAGGUUCGGCAUGCCAGACAUCUAAUAAUCCACAAGCAGAAUGAUCAUAAGGCUCUGAUGAAUCAAAUUGAGCAAGGAAUCAGUGAAUACUAUGCAGAGCCACAUGAGAAUAUGCCAGAAGAAGAAAAAAUUGAGGCACAAUUCACAGAACCAUUUGCUCGUAUCACAAUUGUGAAUCCUGGAUCUCCAGCUUACUGUGCUGGUAUAGUUGAUGGAGAUUUGUUAGUACAAUUUGGAUCUGUGAACUCGACCAAUUUCCGCAAUGUAAGGGAUAUUGGCACUGUGGUGCAGCAUUCCGAAGGACAUGCAAUUCGAGUUUCAAUCCUGAGAAACAAUCGCCUGAUGUGCGUACAAUUGACUCCGAAAAAAUGGUCGGGCAUUGGUCUUCUUGGUUGCACUGUAAAUCCAUGCUAAACCUAUUUGAAUAAUAUUUAUAUUUGUUGCA